GAAUUGAUUUUAACCGAAAAACUUGAGUAGAAUAAAAAAAAACAUUUUAACAAAAGAAUUAUUUAAUGAUGGCUGUAAGUAUAGCAAAAGAAAAUAUUAAACCUUUACAACAAGAAAAUCAAGAUGAUCAAAGUGAAAAACGAAAAUAUGAAAGAUUAAUUAAAGCGUAUGAAGGGAACGAUCCUUUAGCGUUAUGGUAUGAAUAUAUUGGAUGGAUUGAACAGUCUUCUUUUGAGAAUACAGAAAACGUGUUGAAUGAUGUUAUCCUUAAAUGCAUUAUUUGUUUUGAGAAUGACAUCAGAUACAAACAGGAUCGUCGAAUGGUUAAGCUUUACAUCAAAUAUAUUGACACUCAAAAAGAGCCUCAAAACUUUUACAAUAAACUUUAUCAAAAUGGCGUUGGAACUCUUGUUGCUGAUCUUUACAUAGCCUGGAGUUAUUAUUUCGAUGUUAUCAACAAUCAUAAAGAAGUCCAUGCUAUUUUUCAAAAGGGCUUCGAUGCAGGCGCUCAACCUAAAGAGGAUCUCACAAAAGCACAUAAUGAAUUUAGUAUUUCAAUGUCGAAGAGACUUCUCAAUCAUGACGAACAUUUCAAUCAACAAUUUCAAGCUACAAUGAAGGAGAAACGCUUAACUUUUAUAUCUAUUCAAGAAAACAAGAAAAGUGACGUAGCAAAUGGUAAACCAGAUGUCAAUGUUAAAGUUCUUGAAGAAAAACCAUUGACAGCGAAUGUUGUUGCAAAAAAAGAAACCAAAUCAGUCGAUUUAUUUGAAACUGGAAUAAUUUUACCAAUGGGAUUUGUCAGUCGAAAUAAAGUUCAAAAACCGUGGACAAAUGAUAUUCCGAUUGUCGUCAAUGAACCAAUUGUGACAGGAGCUGUGCCUUGUUACGAGAAAUUUCUGCUUUAUCCAAAUGAGCACACUGAAAUUUCGGCUGAUGAAUAUCGAGGCUACAAAUGGUUUAAGGAUCGAGGAAUGGCAAAUCAAUUAACACUUAAUUAUGACAGUAAAUGGGAAAAUAAAUUUGAAACCAAAAUUCGGAUUCCACCAGGAUUUGCAUCAAAAAAUGUUAAACAAGUCGAAAAAGACGAUUUUAAGCAAUUUAUUUAUGAAGAUCAACAUGACAACAUUCAAGUCCCAAUAAAGAAAAUUUAUCCAGAAGAAGGAGAGGAAAUGUCAUUAGAAGAACUUUUAUCGCAAAAAUUCAAAAGUGGUGGCAUUAAAGUCCUCACUGAAGAUGAUUUUGAUGUAGUCAGUGACAAUGAUUUGAGCGAUAUGGACAUGACAAUCAUCACUGAACGUCGACAAUCGAUUUAUCCGAAUUCACGUAAAUCUUUCGUUCCGAGAAAAUCACUUGCUUUGACAAGAAAAUCGUCAGUGGAAGAGAUUUUGGUUGAAGAAUCGUCUGUUAAGACUUUCCAAGUUUCAAAGGAAUGUUCUGUUGAAACUUUGAAGAAAUCAACAAUAAUUAAAAGAAAGUUUGAAGAAAUUUCCGAUUCAGAAGAUUCGAGUAAACGUGGAUUUGUUGCUCAAACUCCACCACGUUCAAGUUUCGAAACGUUUAAACAGCCGCUUCCAGUUGGAAAGAAGUCCAUCCGACCAUUUGAUGUUGAUGAUGCUGACAUGACUGGUUUUGGAGCUUGUUCAACUCAACAAUUUAAUUUCUUCAUAAAACAGCAAGCAGUGAGUACACCAGUGAUGAAGAAAACAGUUCCAAGAUUAGUGCCGCUUGCAAUGGAAAAGGAAUAUUCUCCUGAAAGUGUUUCAUCAUGUCAUGUUCAAGAAAUCGGCGCUAACAAGCAAUUGUCGAUUAUUAUGGAAACAACUCGACCAUCAAAGUCAUCAGGAAGUCAAACAAGUUCAAAAAUUCUUCAAAGAACUGUCAUGAGACAACAAAUUGAGGAAGAAUUGUUUAACCCUGUGGUUCCAUCAUUUCGAAUGCCAGAAGAACAAACUGAAACAUGUGCAAAUAUUAUUUUGCCAUUAGUUAAUAUCGCAACUUUGAAUGCUUUUGAAGCUAAAGAACAAGAAAUUGAACGUCCUAAUGAUGAGUUAAUGAUUCCACCACCACUUGAUGAAGAUUUGACAAUGAAACUUCAAAAUAUUGCAUUAACUUCUGAACUUCUGCAACAGUCUGGUCCACAAACUGCAAUCAAUCUUCCAACAAUACAAGAAAAUCCUGAAGUUCCAUCAAACAAUAUUGAAAAAGAAAUAAAUUUCGAUAUUUAUGAAGAUUCUGUUAUGAACAUUCCGAAACUUGAAACUUCUAAUGCUUUGAAAAUUCCAAAUGAUGAAGGAACUGGUCUUUCACAUGUUUCACGAAAAGAGAAUUUUGUAGUUUCACCACCAUUAACAACAUUGAAGUCAAACUCAAUUAAAAAUGCUUCCAAAUUAUCAAUUGAAGAACCGAGAGGUCCAACGCCAACGCUUUUUGUUGAUGAUUUGAAUACUGAAAAGUUUGUGCUAGGAAAUCUCAAGAACUCAACUUUAAUCGCAACUGACGGUGGUAAAAAGCAUGAAGAAGAAAAAGUUUGUGGCAUCAAUUUAAGUAUUGAAGUGACUGAAGAUGAAAUGACAAAGCUCAGAGAUGAAGAUGUUUUUAAAGUUCCAACAAUACUAGCUCCUAAAACAAAACCAUUUGAGAUUUACAAUGAUAAUGAAGCAGAAGAGGAAAAAGAAGAAGAUUUCAGUAAGUCAAUUUAUGUUCAACGUGAUGAAAAACUUGACUUAGAAGAAGAGGGAAACGUUGAAUGGAAUUACGAUCCAACUUGUAGCUUUAUUGCUGAUGAUUUUAAUCAAUAUGAACACACAAUUUUACCCGAAGCAAUUAAUAUGUCAUUGGAAGUACAAAAAGCGAUACAAUUGUCGUAUGGAAAUCCUUUUGAUGAGAAACUUCGCACAGCAAUGUUGGAUCAUUGCAACUUUAGCAGAUACCUUGAGGAUAACAUUGAAAGUUGCUCAUUGCUGAAAAACAUCCCAAAGUUGAAGUCUGGAAUAAUGAUUGAAAUUGCUGGUGGAGAAUAUAAAAUUUUUAAAACCGUUGGAAAAGGAAAUUUUGGAACUGUGUUUACUGCUGAGAACAAGAAGACGAAAGAAAUCGUCGCAUUGAAGCAAGAAAAGCCAGCAAACCUGUGGGAAUAUUACAUUUGUGUCGAGUUAAGUGAUCGUCUGAAAAACAGGAAUAUGCUUUCAGCCUUUAUGACAAUCGAUGGAGCUAUUAUUGCCAACAAUUCAAGCAUUUUAAUGUCGAAGUUUUCUCCUUACGGUUCAAUAAUUGAAGUUUGUAAUAAACAUAAGAAAACAACAAAUAAGAAUAUCGAUGAAUAUGUCGUCAUGGUGUUGACAUCACAAAUCCUUUCCAUCAUUGAUCAUCUUCAUGGGUGUAAAAUUAUUCAUGCUGAUAUUAAACCCGAUAACUUUUUAUUAAUGUCGAAAAUCGAAUAUGGAAUGAAAGUUCCAGCACUGCAGCUAAUUGACUUUGGAUCUGCAAUUGACAUGGACUGGUAUGAAAAGGGUGCAACAUUUAAUUAUGUAGUAAAAACUGAGAACUUCACUUGUUGUGAGAUGCUUGAAAAGAAGGAAUGGACUUAUCAGACUGAUCUGUUUGGUCUUGUUGGGACUGCACAUGUGAUGUUGUUUGGAAAAUAUAUGGAAGUGGAAAAGAAAGGAAUUACAUGGAACAUAAAGUCACAUUUUCCACGAUAUUUUGCUUUCAAAAUUAUGUGGGAACAAUUCUUCAAUAUACUUCUUAAUAUUUCCAAUUGCAACUCAAUGCCAAACUUGCAAGAUCUCAAAGAUCAAUUUGAAGCUGAGAUCCGAACAAAAAAAAAGUUUGUACUUAAUAAGAUUGAAGAAUUUAAUAGAUCUGUUCAAUAA